AUGGCUAACGUCGCAAUGAUCGGCGCCACUGGGAUGGUGGGCGCCCACAUCCUCAACAGCCUCAUCGCCAACCCAGCUGUGGCUCGCAUCGACACCAUCUCCCGCCGCACCCCGCAAGCCGCCGCAGACGCCCCCCAAGCCAAACUCACCACAAUCGUCACGAACGAGACCUCCACCUGGGCCAGCCAGCUCGCAGCGCUCACACCCACGCCCGGAAUCUUCAUCUCGGCCUUCGCCACGACGCGCGGCGCAGCCGGCGGCUUCGAGAACCAGUAUAAGAUCGAGCACGGGCUGAACAUCGAAAUGGCCAAGGCCGCGCACGAGGCCGGCUCGAAGGUGUACGUGCUCAUCUCCUCCAGCGGCGCGAGCAAGACCUCGUCUAUCCCGUACUCCCGGAUGAAGGGCGAAAUCGAGGAGGAUGUCAAGGCGCUGGGCUUUGAGCAUACUGUUAUCCUGCGCCCCGGGCUGAUUGCUGGUACUCGGGAGGAGAGUCGGCCGCUUGAGGCCGCGGCAAGGUUUGUUGCCGGUUGGGCGGGCAAGUUGCAUUCUACCUUGAAGGAUUCGUGGGCGCAGGAGGCCGAUGUUAUUGGGCGGGCCGCUGUGAAUGCUGGGCUCAAGGCGCUGGAGGGGGAUGUGCCUGCUGGCAGUGAGAAGGUCUGGGUGCUGAGUGGGAGUGAUAUUAUCAAGUUGGGUAAUGAGUCAUCUUAA